AUGUUCUUAUCAGAAAAUUUAUCACCGAUAUUUUCCAAUAAAUCAAAAUCAAGUGGUGAUGAUCAUCGUAUUGGUAGUCAUAAUGAAGGUGGUCCUACCAAUACUCCAUUUGAUCUUAUUGAACAUGAUGUAACUGGUUUAAGUAAGGUUUAUAAUUUACCAAAACCUGAUUCAUUUGAUGCAUUACAAAUUGGCAGUGAUAGAUUACGAACAAUAAUUGCGGCUCUUCAUUGUAAUAUACUUGUACGUAAAGAAGAUCUUGUUCGAAAUUUGGAUUAUGUAGCAAAUGUUCUUGAAGCUGUUCAUCAAGAUGAAACAAGACGAUUGAUGGAAGAAGACGAUGGUGCAUUAUCAGAAAUUGAGCCGGAUUCUGUGCCAAACGAAGUACGAGAUUGGUUAGCAAUGACAUUUACUAGAUCAAUGUCAACUAUUAAACGACGUCCAUCAGACAAACCAAAGUUCAAAAGUGUAGCACAAGCUAUACGUGCUGGUAUUAUGGUCGAUAGGUUCACAAUUAAUGAAUGGAGUUUUGAUGUAUUUUCUGUAAACGAAUUUACAAAUGGUCAAAGUUUACGUUAUGUUGGCUUUGAACUUAUGCAACGAUAUAAUCUACCAAAUAAACUUCAUAUUUCUAUAAAUGCAUUACAAAAUUUUCUUGAACAAAUGGAAAGUGGUUAUAGUAAACAUCGUAAUCCAUAUCAUAAUUUAAUUCAUGCUGCUGAUGUUUUACAAACAACAUAUCAAAUCAUUUACAAUUCUGGUCUCAUGGUAGAGAAUUGGCUCAAUGAUCAUGAAUUAUUUGCAAUGUUUAUUGCAGCUAUUAUUCAUGAUUUUGAACAUACAGGAACAUCGAAUAAUUUUCACAUACAAUCAAGAUCGGAUGUUGCAUUAAUAUAUAAUGAUCGUGCUGUACUUGAAAAUCAUCACGUAAGCGCUGCGUUCCGAUUAAUGCGAAUAGAUGAUUAUAAUAUAUUAUCUGAAUUUUCAUCGGAUGAAUAUAAAAAUUUUCGACAUUUGGUUAUUGAAAUGGUUCUUGCUACCGAUAUGAGUUCUCAUUUUACACAAUUAAAAACAAUGAAAAGUCUUUUAAGUAUGCCAGAAAAUAUUGAAAAAUCUAAAGCAUUAGCACUUGUACUUCAUAGCGCUGAUAUAAGUCAUCCAGGAAAACCAUGGACUAUGCACCAUACAUGGACUGAAUUAUUAAUGGAAGAAUAUUUUAAACAAGGUGAAAAAGAAAAAGAACUUGGUCUACCUUGUUCACCUUUAUGCGAUCGAGAUAAUACACUUGUUGCUGAAUCUCAAAUUGGUUUUAUUCAAUAUAUUGUUGAACCUUCAUUUGUCGUUAUGGGUGAUAUGCUUGAAAAGAUUCUUAAAUCUUUAUCUGUUCCUGAUUCUGAACUACCAUCACCGUCAAUACCAGCUAAAAGCAUUGUUUCAUCUCCGUCACCACCACCAUCACCCAAAUCAUCGAAUGGUUCAAAUCCUCAACAUGACGAACAACUAGAAAAUGGACGUGAAAGAAAACCAUCAUCAAUGACAACACCAAUAUCUCGACUAACAACUGUUCGACGACCAUGGAUUGAAUAUCUUAAAGAAAAUCGUGAACGAUGGAUAAGAGAAGCAGAAGAAGAAAAACGUCGAAGAGAAUUAAAGGUUAUUGAAGAAGAACCUUAA